AGGUGGGAAAUUGCCGUUGAAAAUGCAUAUUCGUUACAGUUAUUAUAUCCUUUCACCUUACCACCAAGUGAUGUGGAAUUAGAACACAAACUUAGUAUUCCACCUAAAAAUUGGAAAUUAGAACACAAUAAAUUAUUAGCUACUUAUUUAUCAGAAAAUAUGGAUAAUGGGAACACUGCAUAUGGAAAUCUAAAAGACUAUGUUGAAAGUAUUGCUGUUUCUUCGAUGGAAGAAGACAAGGAUGCGUUGACAGAUGGUAAUCAAUCUUCUUAUUGGGAAUCUGACGGCUCACAGGGAUGCCAUUGGAUUAGAUUAAGAAUAAAGAAAGGAGUUAUAAUUAAAUGCCUACUUGUAACCGUCGAUCCCAACGAUGAUAAUUAUAUGCCGCAUUUAAUCGAAGUGAAAGGUGGCGAUCAUGAUGAUAUGAGAAAAAUGGCCGAAGUCCUAAUGGACUGCACCAAAAUGUCAGAUGUUACAAUUUUGCAAGAUAUGGCCGAAUACUUACCAGAAAUAGAAAUACGAAUUAAAGAAUGCAAAGAUGAAGGGAUUGAUACCAGAAUUCAUGGUAUUAAGAUCAUAACUUCUUCCGAUAUAUCCAGUAGUUUAACGAUUGACUUACUCAAAAACAAAAAGAUAGAGAGAUUUCCACUUUUGGCAAAUUUUAAUCCAGAAGCAUUAUAUUAUCGCUCAAUGGCAAUUUUAAGAUUUAACGAGCUAUUUGACAGUGUGAUUAAUCUGGUAAUUCCAGAUUGGUCAGAAGAGUGUACGAAUAUUUGUAACUUUAAGGCUGUUAGACAAAUAUUACAGCUAUCGAAACGGAGGCUAGCUUUAAUUGAAAGAUUACUCAGAGAUUCCCAAACUAAAUGCGUUCCUGAACCAAUUCCCAAAGUUUAUCUCGACCGACGAUUAGCUUCCGAGCACAAAAGUGAUACAUCCCGCGAUCCUACCGCGGAAAAUGCUCUUUUUAACCAGCUAUAUAACGAACUAAGGCCAGAAAAUUGUAGAUUUCGAUUAGAUUAUCGAUGGUCUAUACAAUACGAACAAUGGUGGGAAUGUAAAUUUGUAUCUGAAGGUAUCAUCGAUCAAGGUGGAGGCUUUCGUGAUUCUCUUGCUGAUAUCGCCGAAGAAUUAUGUCCAAGUGCUGAAGAUGUUCAAAUACCUUUACCAUUUUUCAUCCGUAGCUGUAAUCAGGCGCACGAUGCAGCUAAUAUUCAUCGUGAUGGCUACAUUCCUAACCCUGCCUGCAAAGAAUUUACCAAAUAUGAAUGGAUUGGACAACUUAUGGGCGCGUGUUUUCGUAGUCGUGAGUGUUUAGUAUUAUCACUGCCAUCAUUUAUAUGGAAAAAAUUAACCGGAGAAGUUGUUACCUGGGAAGAUUAUUCUACAGUUGACGAAGCUAUAGUCAGACUCUUGGUUGCUUUGGAAUCAAUGAGUGAAGAAAGGUUUAACAAUGAUUACGCUGAUGCCUUAACGUAUUCUACAAACCUUAGUGAUGGAUCAACAGUUGAUUUAAAAUCUAAUGGAUCAGAGACUUCAGUGCUAUAUGAAGACAGACUGCAUUACGUUCAGCUUGUUCGCGAAGCUAGACUUCAUGAAGUUGAUGACCAGAUUCGAAGUAUAAAAAAAGGGUUAUUGAGGGUGAUACCAAAAGCAGUAUUACAUAUACUUACUUGGCAAGAACUGGAAAAAAGAAUUUGUGGAAAUCCAGAAAUAACUGUUCAAGAGUUGAAGAAUAUCGCUCGCUAUGAAGACAUUGAAGUCGAUGAUUCGAGAGUGAAGUAUUUCUGGAAGGCACUAGAGAAUUUUUCGAAUGAAGAUAGAAGCAGAUUGUUAAGAUUUGUCACUGGUAGGAGGCGUUUGCCUGCUCCUCUUUUUAUUUGCCCGAGUAGAAGUGGAGCCGCUGAAGACUCUUUGCCUGAAUCAGCAACUUGUUCUAGUACUCUUUUUCUCCCGGAAUAUACUAGUCCCAAGGUAGCCGAGGAAAAGCUGCUCUAUGCAGCAUAUAAUUGUACGUCAAUUGAUACAGAUAUGAGGACCUGGGAUGAUUAG